ACCAACCUUACCAAAAAAAUCUUUAGUCAGGUGAUGAAUUUCGUGUGACAGUUCUUAAUUUCAUUAAAAUACCAAAUAAUAAUUUAAAAAUUCUAAAAUGGCCCUUCAAGCUGCAGUAAAAGGAAAACUUAUUAGUGUUAUCGGAGAUGAGGAUACUUGCGUUGGAUUCCUGUUGGGGGGUAUCGGUGAAAUUAACAAGAACAGACACCCAAAUUUCAUGGUCGUAGAUAAAAACACUCCAGUCAGCGAAAUUGAGGACUGUUUCAAGAGAUUCGUCAAGCGUGAUGACAUCGACAUCAUCCUGAUCAACCAAAAUGUAGCGGAACUGAUCCGACACGUCAUUGACGCACACACUGCCCCUGUACCAUCAGUAUUGGAGAUUCCGUCUAAGGACCACCCGUAUGACGCCAGCAAGGACUCCAUUUUACGUCGCGCUAAGGGCAUGUUCAACCCCGAAGACUUGUCUAUGUUUGGCGCUGAUAACUACGCUACCUAGUAGUUUGUUGGCUUUAUACACAAAUUCAAUUAUUAAUGUAAUUAAAGUAUACUUGAAAUAAAAGCAAAUUAUUUAUUUA